CUUCUUGCUUGUUCGUGUGUGACUGUGGAGCUUUCCUGAGUGAUCAAAACAACUAGUGACUUUCUCGUUUAUUUGCCAUUAACUAAGUGUAGUUCUGAGAAUUAUCUGCGUUGACAAUAGUUCCAGAGCUAUUGAUUAAUUCUCUACUACCGGCUUUUUUGUGCGCAUUUGAGUGCGUAAAUUACCCAAAACAACCAUGGAUUUCCUUUGGUUCCUGAGCCUCUCAUUGACUUUCUGGACAUGGUGUGUCUCUGCGGAACGGCAUAGUGUCUUCUGGAAUAGCACGAACCCAAAUUUCAUCUGGGACGACUACACGGUGAACGUGCGCAUCAACGACUACCUGGACAUCGUGUGUCCGCACUACGCGCGCGGCGAGAUCCCGUCCCAGGAGGCCGAGCGCUACGUGCUCUACAUGGUGGAGCUGGAGGACUACGAGGCCUGCAAGCCGCAGUCCUUCGACCAGCUGCGCUGGGAGUGCUCACGGCCCUUCGCCGCGCACGCCGCAGAGAAGUUCUCCGAGAAGUUCCAGCGCUUCACGCCCUUCACGCUGGGCAAGGAGUUCCGCGUGGGAGAGAGCUACUACUACAUUUCCAAGCCAUUGCACCACCACGGUCAGGAGUGCAUGCGUCUAAAGGUGGAUGUUGUUGGAGGCCACGGACAUCAUGGCUCCAAGCACCACAAGAAGACAGAGAAGGAGCUGGAGAAGAAGGAGGAGGAGAAGAACGUUCACAUGGGCGCAGGUGGAGGAGUGCACAACCCGUCCAACAGACUCCCAGCUGAUGACCCAGUGGCCAUGAUUCCUGUGGUUCAAAGAAGUGUUGGCAGCUCGGCAGUGUCCAUCUCCUCCCCUUCACUACUCCUGGCAUCCAUCUUCUCACUACUCACCCUUCUGCUACUACACUGAGACUGGCUGACCUCCCCAAAAGAGAAGAAAAUAUGAACACUUUUGAAAAGUCUUUUGGAAACGGUUCUGAACCAGUUACAAACCGGUUUUAAAAACUGGAAAUAGACGGAACGCCAGAGCAGAGACUGAAUGCGGCGCAGGACGCUGCACACAAAACGAACAGAUUUUUUUAUAAUGAAGCUUUUUUUAAUAUAAUGUUUUAUGUGAUGCCUGAGAGACGAGGUGUUUGUUAUACGCUUGAUUGAAGUGGUUUUUUUGUUGUUGUUUGGCAGUGUGUUUGUACAUAGGUGUGAAAGAGAGUGUGAAUGGCGUGACCCUAAACAAACACAAAGUGUUUUGAAGUAUUUUCCUUCCUUUUUCUUUUUUUUCCCAUGGAUCUCACUUCUCCCCAUUUUUCGUAUCCAUUUUUAUGGGGGACAAAGCUUACCAGAAGAUUGGUAUCAUCAUGGAUUUGACAUCUUCACCAAAUAUUAUUCCAUGAUUGAAUCUUAACUGGAUAGAUUGUCCUAGAACCACCUUCUACCUUCUCUUGAAAUGGACAGUCAGUGGGAAAAACACCUUUUCAAACGUGUUGUUGACUACCACUUGUUUUCUUGUUUUGUUCAAGAACAAUACGUGGACUCCAACAAUAAGUGGACUUUUUCAACCAUCUCAUUAUCAAUGUUAAUGUGGGUGUGGCAUCUCAUUAAUGUUUAUCUUGGUGUGAAACGAUCAAUAUUGACUUGUACCUCUUGAGCCAAAGGCCACAGUUGUAAUGCGUUGUAAUACGUAUGUACAUGUAAUUGUAUCAUCUGUACAGUAUAUAUCAUAUUAUGGCCGCUAAUACAUACAUGAUGACGUGUC